AUGGCGGUUUCUAGUGUUUCAGACAGUGACAUGAAUUUGGUCGUGUAUCGUUAUAAACCUGAAGAUCCGGCCAGUAUCGGUGGACAAAAGCUAUUGCAUACCGCUGACAUAAACAUCGGUAGCUGUGUGACGUCAUUCUUCAGAUGUCGUGUAAGGUCUGAGAAGACUGGGGGCGAUAAACCGAAAGAUCAAAGGCAAGCAUCAUGGUUUGGAACGCUUGAUGGCGGUAUUGGUUUUGUCUUACCAGUACCUGAGAAAACAUUUCGUCGACUUCAUAUGGUACAAAACAUGUUAAUUCAUUGUAUGCCGCAUUAUGCCGGUCUUAAUCCUAAAGCAUUCAGCUACAUUCUUUUUCUCUUUAUCUUUGUCUUUCUAACUUUCGGUUUAUUCGGAGCCGAAGAUCGUGAUAAACGCCAUAGCAAAAAUGCACAUGUUUCUUUUAUUUAA